UAUCCAGAAACUAGAGUCAUGAACCCAAGUCACGAUUCAAUUGUGUUUUGCUGUGGGAAUACCUCUGGUUGGAAAAUACACCAAGAGGCAGCAGGGAGGCUUUUUUUUUGGAUUUACAACAUUAUUUCGUCGAACCAAAAUUGACAUCAACAACGCAGCAUUUUUUUAGGUGUGAUUAGCAACACAAUUUGGGGGAAAUUGGCGCCUUUUGUACUGUGAUUUCUCCAGAAUGUUCCAUCGUCGGAUGUGCCUGAACUAUCCAAAAUUCACAAAAACUAGCGACGAAGGGAUUUUAGGACCUUUAUUUGCAAAAAUCUUUAAAAAUCUCCCGGAACGUAAAGAGAUGUUCGUUCCCAGAGGGAGAUUUUUUACCCGAACGCAGAAGAGGAAACAGAACAAGAUCAGAGUCCGGCGGCCGCAGCAUCAUGGGAUUAUAUUUCCUCACAGAGCGCUGGCAAAACCCGAUCCCCUGCUAUUGCGUAACAGCCAAUGACAUAACACUCACCAGAUCCAGCUCCAGCCACAGCCAACAUGGUGAGGGAGCACAGAAAGGAGUGCAGGGAGCGCACCCGUCCUGUGAAACUAAUGACAGAGCAGUGAAGUCAGGACGAGGGAAGAGAAAUGGCAGCUCAUCUCCUCGAGUGUCUGCGUCGGCCGAGCCGCUAGAAGCAGAGCAACAGUAGGUGCAUGUGUGUGCAGCAGGACUUGUCAGUGUUGUGAUAGGAGAGUGAUGGAAUAUGCAGACCCUGACGGCCCUCCUGUUGAUGCCUUCCUCAGAAGAGGAGGAGCCUGGUCCAAGAAAACUCACUUGACCCAGAUUGAAGUUAUCCCGUGCAAGAUUUGUGGUGACAAAUCCUCUGGAGUGCAUUAUGGAGUCAUCACUUGUGAAGGCUGUAAGGGAUUUUUCCGACGCAGCCAGCAGCCCACCGUGUCCUACUCCUGCUCCAGGCAGAGCAACUGUCAAAUCGACCGGGCCAGUCGCAACCGCUGCCAACACUGCCGCCUGAAGAAGUGCCUGGCCCAGGGCAUGAGCAGAGAUGCAGUUAAGUUCGGACGCAUGUCCAAACGUCAGCGGGAUUCUCUGAACGCCGAGGUGGAGAAGCACCGACAGAUGCAGCAACAGCAGCAGCUGCAGGGUGAGGUCCAGUCGGUCUUCACCAACAAAGUCAGACCGGAGCACUCCCACAAUCUCCUCCAGCCCAUGGCGCCGGCCUUCACCUUCAGCAGUGAGACUGAGCUGCUGACCUACCCGGCCGUCGACGUUCCUUACCUCAUUUAUGACACCAGAGUAUUUGAAGCCAGACAGCCAACCCUUGAUUUGAUGACGAUUCAUCCCAACAGGUCUCCGGACAACUCCGCCAGCAUUUAUCCUCACUCUCUGCGAAGCACAGAUGAGUUCUGCGCCAGCAUCGUGCGUUCCCAUCAGGAGACCAGUGAGUACAGAGUGGAGGAGCUUCUGACUCUGAGAUGGAAGCUGUUCAGCAGAGAGGAGAUCCAGGCCUAUCACAGCAAGUCAGAGGAUGAGAUGUGGCAGCACUGUGCCAGACGACUGACGGAUGCCGUGCAGUACGUGGUGGAGUUUGCAAAACGCAUCCCAGGUUUCCGCAUUCUCAGCCAGAACGACCAGAUCGCCCUGCUCAAGACGGGCUCCAUGGAGGUGGUCCUGGUCCGGAUGAGUCGCUUCUUCAACACAGACAACAACACGGUCUUCUUCGACGGGAAGUUUGCCGGAAUAGAAGUCUUCAAGUCUCUGGCCUGUGGUGAUCUGAUCACCGCAGUCUUUGAAUUUGCCCACGACCUGUGUACGCUGAAGCUGACGGAGGAGCAGAUCGCCCUCUUCAGUGCAGUGGUGCUGAUCAACACAGAUCGCCCUUGUCUGGAGGACAGAAGCCGGGUUCAGAUGGUGCAGAGGAGAGUGCUGCUGGGACUCUCACACAUUCUACACAGAGACAACCAAGACGCCCUCCUGCACAAGCUCUACCAGAAGAUGGCAGUGUUGCGUUCACUUUGCAGUCUUCACAUGGAGAAACUGCGCUGGUUCAGUCAAUGUUAUCCUCACACUGCUCACACACUGUUUCCACCACUGUACAGGGAGCUGUUCACCUCUGAGGCUGAGCUGCUGCCGGGGACCACUCAUUGACCACUCACUCUCACACACACACACACACACACUCACCCACACACACACACAAUACAUGUUUUUUAUUUCCUAGGCUCUUGGCCCAAAUCUUCAAACUAAAUCUUCAACCUCAAAGAAAUAUUUUCUCACUCAGUGGAGACUUGUUAAAUUUACCCUAAAGACCAGAAUUUCAAUUUUCAAUAAUUUAAUUAAAAAAAUAAAAAAAAGAUCCCCACGAGUAUAUCUAAACCAGUAACACACAUAUACUCGUAAUGUUUUUUUUUUUCACAUUUCUGACAGAAUUUAUUUUUUAAAAGCAACAGAGACAAAAAAUCACAGUACUUAUGAUGCUUUAAGUUGUACGAGACUCACAACAAAACAUUUAUUUACGUAGAUUAUUUUAAACAGUACGUUUUAAUAUUUUUAUGGCUUAAUAUCCUACUGCUGAUGUGUUCUGUUUUUUCUUCACUGCUGUUGAGAUUUUUUUUUCUCAGACUCUUCUAUUCUGUUCUAUUUUUUCAGUAAAACCAUUAACGUAAAAAACGUAAAAAAAAAUACAAAAGUCCAGA